AUGACACUCUUAUCGAAUACAGUUUGGUUGAUUAAAGUUGCAGUUUACACUAUUUCAUUCAGUGCGAUUGGACUGCUUGGUGCAGCCUAUUUCUACCAAACAUCACUCAUCUAUCCGUCUUCGUUUCCUCAAGGCUCUAGAGAUCAUGUAUCUCGUCCUGAUGAGUUUCAAAUGUCAAACUAUGAGAGCGUAAGCAUUAAAACCAAGGACGGUGUGAUGAUUACUGGAUAUCUCAUCAAGCCUACUGCAUCAAACCAUUCUUCAAUCUCUGCUGAUGCAUUACCCAGUCACACACUGCUGUAUUUGCAUGCAAAUGCUGGAAAUAUGGGACAUCGAUUGCCUAUUGCUCGUAUACUCAUGGAGCGUUUAAACUGCAAUAUAUUUAUGCUUUCUUACAGAGGAUAUGGACAUAGCCAAGGCACUCCGAAUGAAACUGGCAUGAAGAUAGACGCACAGGCCGCACUGGAUUACAUCAAAUCUCAUGACAAACUCAAGGAUACAAAAGUGCUGGUAUAUGGACAAAGCAUUGGCGGUGCGGUGGCCAUCAAUCUUGUCUCGGAAAAUAAGGAUCGCAUUUCUGCUCUUAUUAUUGAAAACACCUUUUUAAGCUUGAGAAAAUUGAUUCCACACGUCAUCAAACUUUUACGUCCAUUUGUAUUCCUAUGUCACCAAAUAUGGGACUCUGAGCGUGCUAUUGGAAAGAUUGUUGAUAUUCCUGUGUUAUUUCUAAGUGGAAAGCGAGACGAAUUGAUUCCACAACAACAUAUGAUUGAACUACGCGCUAGACUGAUCCAAGAACGCACUCGAGCAGGAAGUCGUACGGAUAACACCGAGUUUGAAGAGUUUGAAAAUGGUGGUCACAAUGAUACAUGUAUCCAGGAAGGUUAUUUUGAAGCAAUUGAGCGAUUUUUUGCCAAAUAUGCAAAGAAAUAAACUCUUGUGCCAUGUCAACAC